AUGUUCGGCACCAACCAGGCCGGCGCCUUGGGGGGCCCCUGCCUCGUUUCGCACCCGCUUGCCGCGGGCUCGCUGCAGCAGCAAUUUCAAGCCCCAGUUCUCAACAAGGCGCAGCACAGUCGCUUUCUGGGCCAAAACGCAAUAAGCUUGAAGCCAACGGCAGCGGGAGAGGCCCUCCCUGCAGCAGCAGCAGCACUGCCCGCAGCAGCAGCACCGCCCGCAGCAGCGGCGCUGCCUGCAGCAGCAGAAGCAGCGGGGUUGAAAGAGGAGGCGCUGGCCGCUGCCUCGGACCCCGGUAACGCAGCAGCAACAGAAGUGACAGCAGCUGCUGCUGCUGCUAGAGCAGCAGCAACGGGGUUCGUAAUGGAACCUCUUGCUGCAAUGGAUGCAGCUGCUGCUGCAGCACUCGCCUCAGCAUCAAUUGAAGCAGCAGCUGUCGCUUCCAUUGGGCUGGCAAGUUAUGGCUUUCUUUCUGAAGCAUCUUGUCCCCGGACGUGGCGCGACUUGUUGUCUGUUGCUUCGGAUGAAGAAGAGGAGCAGCAGCAGCAGCAGCAGCAGCUGCUGCUGCUGCAGCAGCAGCAGCAGCAGGAGCCGCAGUGGCUACUGCAGUCUUCGACGCGCAUGCAGCAGCAGUACCAGCUUCAGCAAUACGUCUUUCAGCAACCAGAAAUGCUGCCGCAUCUGCAUGAGCAGCAGCAGCAGCCGCAGCAGGAGCAGCAGCAAAACUGGCUUUGGCAAGCGGAUGACCAGCAGACGCUUUUCAGGUGGAAGCUGCAGCUGCAGCACGACGAUCAGCAGCAAUUCAAACACAAAACUCCCGCUCGCCUGCAGCAGCAGCAACAGCAGCAGCAGCAGCAACAGCAACAGCAGCAGCAGCAGCAGCAGCAGCAUGCAGGCUGGUACGUGCCUCCACAUGAGUGGUGCGAGCCCCUCAAUCGGGAGAUCCAGGGUGUACAGACACUAGAGCAGCAGCAGCCGUCUCAGGUGCCGCAGCAGCAGCCGCUUCAGCCCUCCCAGUUGGAUCUUCUGCAGCUGCAGCAGCAACAGCAGCAGCAGCAGCAACAGCAACAGCAACAGCAACAGCAGCAACAGCAACAGCAGCAGCAGCAGCAACAGCAGCAGCAGCAGCCGCAACAGCAGCAGCAACAACAGCGGCAGCAGCAGCAGCAGCAGCGGCAGGCCCACGGCAGGAGCAACAGCGGCAGCAGCAGCAGCAGCAGCGGCAGGCCCACGCCGGAGAGUCCCGCAGCAGCCAGCAGCUCAGCUAGAAGCAGAAUUGGCUCCCCUGAGUUACCCAGUGCAGCAGCAGGUGGAUUUCCAGCAGCAGCAGCUGCUGCUGCACCACCAACAGCAGCUGCAGCAGCAGCAGCUGCUGCAGCACCAACAGCAGCUGCAGCACCACCACCUCCAGCACCAACAACAGCUGCAGCAACAGCAGCUGCUGCAGCAGCAACAGCAGCCGACGGACCCGCAGGAGCCGCAGCUGCUGUGGCAACACCAGCAGCAAGCUGUGCAGCCUCAGCUCGAGCAGCAGCUGCUGCUGCAGCAGCAGCAGCAGCAGCAGCACGUCCUUCAGCUGCAGCAGCAACAGGUAAUGCUGCAGCAGCUGCCGCAGGUGGCGCUUCAGGAGCAGCAAUUCUGUCUUCCUGGGGAGCAGCAGCAGGUUGUUCAGCAGCAGCUGCAGUACCAGCUGCUGCAGCAGCAGCAGCUGGAGCCAGCCCAGUAUAA